UGGCGCUGCGUGCAACAGAGUCAAGAGUUGGCCUGCAAGUUGAGCGAAAGUUACCGUGUUUUUUGCAGAGACAUUCGCUGAGAUAUAUAUUUAUUUAUUGUUUUUUUUGUACUUUUUUUCGCCUGGUGAAUUUCACUGAAGGGGGGACCAUGGUUAUGCUGAAGAUCUCUGCGUUCCUUGUCGCCUACGCCCUGGUCAUCUGCCAGAUGUACUGCUCACAAGCCGCCCCCGCCAGACCGGGUCUAGAGUCCAUGUCAGACCGAGUCACGCUCACGGACUACGAGGCACGAAGGUUACUCAACGCCAUCGUCAAGGAGUUUGUGCAGAUGACGGCGGAGGAGCUGGAGCAGCAGGCCACCGAGGGAAACAGCAUGGACCGGCCGCUCAGCAAGCGCUGCUCCAGCCUCAGCACAUGCGUGUUGGGGAAGCUGUCGCAGGAGCUGCACAAGCUGCAGACCUUCCCCCGCACCAACGUGGGGGCCGGGACGCCCGGCAAGAAGCGCCGCGCGCCCGCCGCCGCCGCUGACAGCUACAGCUACGGCGAGAUGUUUGACAGCAUCUAACCCC